CCCGCCUCCGCCUCGCGCUCUCCCCUCCCGUCCGCCGGCGCGAAGCUCGCCGCCAGCCGCCACCUCCCCGCCGGCCUUCUCCCUCCCUCCCGCGGCCGCUGCUGGGCCUGGGCUGCGGCGGAGCGGAGGCCGAGGGAGAUCCGCCCGGCUCGGCCUCCACCGCGCUGCCGCCGCCGCGGCGCCCGCCGAAGAUGAUAGACAUGGUGUCUGCUAUUGAAGAGCUUAGUGGGCUGACUUCUAAAGAACUUGGUGAGAUGCUGAAGGAUUCGGACAGCUUUGUUUUGCAGUCCAAGGCAGACGAUGGAGGCCCAAAGCAGGUGGACAUGGAAAAACUUGUGUCCUCACUUCCUCUUCAUCUCCUUGCUGUAUGUUUCGAGCUUGGGCAAGGCUCGGAUCUGGCGUAUGUGCUUCGUGGUGUGCGCUUUUUGCACAGUUUGUCUGAGUUAGCAUCCCGGCAUACUAGACUGGAGCAGAUUCUUCUCGAUGAUGUCAGAUUAUCUGAACAAGUCAUGGACCUAAUAUUCUUCCUACUUUCUAUUCUUGCUCGGCGGAAGAAGGAGAAUAAUGUUGGUGCAUCUCCGCUUGUACAUGCGUCGCUUGUAGCAGCGAGUCUUCAUCUGUUGACAAGUUACUUCUCCUCCCAGUGGCAUGAACUUGUCCAUAUUCUUCUUGCACAUCCAAAGGUUGAUAUCUUUUUGGAUGUGGCCUUUGAUAGUCUGCAUGAAGAUAUGAGGUUGUUGAGUUUCAGAUUAUCAUCAAUGGGCUUUGGUUCCACUCCUAGUUCUUUGGAAUGUCGUCUUGCUCACUUCAUCUGCCAACAGUGCGAAGCAUCAUUGCAAUUUCUUUUGCUGCUGUGCCAGCAAAAACUGUUUCAAGAUCGUAUUUUAAAAAAUAAGGAACUCUCUAGGAAUGGAGGCAUACUUUCACUUUCCCACACUAUACUAAAGUUGGUUGUUCCUGACUGUUUGAAAGGAUCAACUGAUACUGUUGCUUCCAUUUCCAGGCUCAAGGCAAUGAUACUUUCUAUUGUGGUGCAACUUUGUGAAGCUGAAAGUGUUUCUUACCUUGAUGAAGUUGCCUCUUCACCAAACAGCAUGCGACUAGGGCAAACCUUGGCUCUAGAGGUUCUUAAUUUGCUGAAUACUGCAUUUGGAAGAAAACAACAAAAUACUUCUGAUUCCCAUGAUAAGAGUUACCCCAUGGGAUCUGUGCUUAUCAAUGCGUUGCGUCUAGUUGAUGUGUUUUCUGAUGAUUCAAACUUCAGAUCGUCCUUUUUGAUUAAUACUGUUCCCUUUUUGACCCAGAUUCUGGCAAUUCCUCAUGAUGAGUUUGUUUUAAGUUGGUGUUCAGUCAAUCUACCAGUGGUUGAGGAAGAUGCAAAUCUAGAUUAUGAUCCGUUUGGUGCAGCUGAGGUGGCACUGUUAGCUUCUGAUAAUGUGUUGACUGAAGCUAAAGCUAACUAUUCAUGCCCUUUUCGCCCUAGCCUGCCUUCAAUGGCAUACGCUCAGACAAGAACAUCAUGUGUAGUGAAAAUAAUAGCAAAUUUGCAUGUCUUUGUUCCAAAUAUAUGUGAAGAGCAAGAAAGGGAUCUUUUUCUUCAGAACUUUCAAAAGUACUUGGUGUCGGGGAGUCCUAAACUAUCAGCGGACCAGCCUGCUUCUAAUGAUUUUAAGGCCACUAAAGUUUGUAAGAACUUAGGAUCUUUGUCAGAUUAUGCUAAAACUUUGAUCCCUAACUUAUUAAAUGAGGAAGACGUGCAACUGUUAAGUGAGUUUUCUGAUAAGCUACAAUUUUGGUGUAAAUCACAAGCAGGACAGGCAGCACUACUGGUGGGGCAUACUGAUUCUCCAGAAAGCAAGGAAGACAUGAAGCCGGUGCAGCAGUCCUUGCCCACACAAGCAAGCACUCUGGACCCCAAUAUGAAUAACUUGCCGAAGGAUGUGCAGAACAUGGAAGUGUCUAUACCAGUGUCCUCGAUAAAUCCAGAGGGAAACGCUAAGGAUCAGACUCCAAAGAACUGUGUCGCUAGAAAUGGCAGUUUCCUGCAGAACGCAGUUGGUCAAGACCUAGUCCAUCUUGGUGUUGCAAGAACAGCGAAUGCAGGCUUUUCGUCCAUCUCAUCCGGUGUUAAUACUGGACACCAACGCAGCAAAAUGGAUCUCGAUCCAGCAUCCAGCAGUGUGGAUCAUUUCAAAACAUCGGAACUCUCAAAAGAAAGCAGUCUCCAGGAGGACGAGAAAGGAGAGAGUAGUGUGUAUGAUGAGAGGCAACCUAAGAGAAGGAAGCGGACCCUUAUGAACGAUGAGCAAAUAGAUGAACUAGAGAAGGCUCUAGUAGAUGAGCCUGAGAUGCACAAGAAUGCUAUUUUAUUGCAGAAUUGGUCAGAGAAGUUAAGUGUGCAGGUUGAACAAUCGGAAAGCUAAACUUGCUCGCAUAGCGAAAGAAAGAGGAGUACCAUUUGAAGGGGAGAAUGCUGAUAAGCCAUCUACACCAGCUACUCCCCAUCUUGGUGAGUCCUCUGAAAGUGCGGGGGAGGACAGCUACAUGCCCCCUGCAAGGGUGAUGAACGCAAUAUCCAAAGGCAGACUGGUGAGCCCAGAUGGCAAUGAGCUGACAUCGCAGGCCGAGUUCUCCCAGAACAUGAUGCUGAGCCGCCCAUUCACAAGGUCCUUCUCGUUCGAGCCUGGCCGCCUCGUCUCGCUGGUCGACGGCGACGGGAAAGAGGUCGGCAGGGGUAAGAUCGUCCAUCCCCCACCAGUAAAAAGCUCCAUGGAGACCCGCCUCUGUGUGGUCGAUGUCACUGAGCUCAGGAUCGAGAAGUGGAGGGAGCUCCCCCACCCCUCCGAGGCAUCCGGGAGGACGUUCCAGGAGGCGGAGGUGAGGAAUGGUGGUGUGAUUAGGGUCCCGUGGGAUGCCGUCAGGCUAGCACCUGUGACAUAGUAGGUAUGAGGCAGAAACUCUUCAUUGUUGCUGUGGAGGCAGAAGCUUUGGAUACCAUACACAGCCGCGCAGGGCUAAGCUUUGGUCAGAAGCUCAUGGGUCUUUGGGAACAGUUGUCGGGGAAAGGCAGCUGCUUAACAAGUGACUUACUUUGUAAAACAUGUCAUUAACGGUGACUGUUGUAUCAUCAACUAAAUGCUGGACAUGUUCACUGAGUUAUGCGGAAAAUGGCUACCGAUGUUACUGCUAGAGUGUGUGCGUACUGAGUCCCUGCAAGAAAGUUCAGUACUCUUUUUUUUUGGCCUUCGUUGAAGUUGUAGGCGGGGAUGCUAUUGUGUCGAAACACAUGUGAAAUAGCUAAGCAGUCACCCACCCCCAUUCAGUUAUAUA